AUGUGUACAUGCGUAAGAACUACACUUCCCCAAAUGUGUCAUCGUGAGCUCCCUCCCAUUGGCUGGCCGCUGCAGCCGCAGCCCCAGAGAAUGAAUGAAAUUGAAAUAGCUGGUACAUUACAUGUACAAUACCGGCCACCGCAGUGUUGCAUUCUAUCAUACUAUACCAAAAUGGCCACAGCGGUACAGAACCCCCUCAAAUCGCAGAGGGAAACAGCUAAGAAAGCGGCAGACGGUUCGGUGAUCGCCAACGGCUACUGCGACUUCUGUCUGGGAGGCUCCAAGAAGACGGGCUGCCCUGAGGACCUCAUCUCCUGCGCUGACUGCGGACGGUCAGGCCACCCCUCCUGUCUCCAGUUCACAGUGAACAUGACGGCUGCGGUGAGGACCUAUCGCUGGCAGUGCAUCGAGUGCAAGUCCUGCAGCCUGUGUGGCACCUCCGAGAAUGAUGACCAGCUUUUGUUCUGUGACGACUGCGACAGAGGCUACCACAUGUACUGUCUGAGCCCCCCCAUGUCUGAGCCACCCGAGGGGAGCUGGAGCUGUCAUCUUUGCCUGAGGCAGCUGAAGGAGAAGGCAUCGGCGUAUAUCACGCUUACCUAA